AUGGCCGCCGCCGCCGCCUCCGCCGCCGCCGAUGGUGCCGAGGAGCCGGGCAUGGAGGCGGAGGCGCAGGAGCUGCCGCUGGGCUGCGGCGGAGAGGGCGGCUCGCCGGCGGCGGGGAGGUCUCCGGAGGACGAGGAGCGCCGGGAUCCCCCGCAGGCGUCUGUCAGCAACGGCGGCGACGCGGAGAGCGGGAGGGAGCUGGUGGAGCUAAAGGUUAUCUGGAACAAGAACAAGUACGACGUGAAGUUUUGCCUGGACAGCACGGGGGCCGAGCUGAAGCAGAAGAUCCACUCGCUCACAGGCCUUCCACCUGCUAUGCAGAAAGUUAUGUUCAAGGGACUUCUACCAGAGGAGAAAACGUUGCGGGAAAUCAAAGUAACGAACGGAGCGAAAAUAAUGGUUGUUGGCUCUACUAUCAAUGAUGUUUUAGCAGUAAAUACACCCAAAGAAGCUGCUCAACAGGAGGUCAAGGCUGAAGAAAAUAAAAAGGAGCCGCUCUGCAGACAAAAGCAACACAGAAAAGUAUUGGAUAAAGGAAAACCUGAUGAUGUGAUGCCUUCUGUUAAAGGUGUUCAGGAGCGCCUGCCAACAGUGCCAUUAUCUGGCAUGUACAACAAGUCAGGGGGGAAAGUAAGAUUGACCUUUAAACUUGAGCAAGACCAGCUAUGGAUUGGUACAAAAGAGAGAACAGAAAAGUUACCCAUGGGGUCCAUUAAAAAUGUGGUGAGUGAACCUAUUGAAGGACAUGAGGAUUAUCACAUGAUGGCAUUUCAGCUGGGCCCAACAGAAGCAUCUUACUACUGGGUCUAUUGGGUACCAACUCAAUAUGUCGAUGCAAUCAAAGACACGGUGCUGGGAAAGUGGCAGUAUUUUUGAAAGCACGCUCACCUCUGGCACAGGAAAAUGACACAAAGCUAAGGACACUGCUGGGAGAGGCCUCCAACAUCCCUGGAUGUGAUAGUCCUGGAACUUAUUAAUAAAAUAUGAUAAACGAGGCAUUGAUGGAAGCCAGAGGUGAUGUUCUUUCACCAUUAGUUUACUUUUAACUUAAAAAUUUCACCAUCCCUUUUCUGCAGUCAGCUUCAACCAUAUUUAAAGCAAAUACAAUGGAAAUCAAUAAAUCUUAAUUCACAAAAUAUUGUGUGUAAUACACUUAAAUCUGCUGAGAGUUGAUCUUCCAAUUUAGUUUUAAAAAGAAAAUAUUACAAUGUAUUAUUGAGGAUUUUUUACAUGGUUUGAACAAAAACAAAUAUUUUCAUAAUCUUUCAGUUACAAGCGUUAGACUUAAUUUAGUUACUUGGUUGUGACUGAGAAUUUCAGAAACGAUUUUUUAAAAAUAAACUUUAAACAGUAUGCAAAAUCGAUGUUUAGUAAGCCAUA